AUGUCGAUGGGCUCCAUGGGCGCCUUGCCCCCGCUCACAGAAUGGCCGGAUUUCUACUACGCAGUGAUUGGGGCCGCAGUCGGUGUCGCAACACUGUUCAACGUGUACAACUAUGUGCUAUACCGCCAAAGAAUGCUCGCGGCCAGAGGGGGGUCGCGGACGCCUGCAAAGCCCAUCUCAUGGUUCGCCCUCGGGAAUGCGACACUCUACGCUCUGACCCGUGAAGCGUCCAACUUCUCAUUACGCAUACCACUGAAAGGUCGCAUACUCAGACUACCAACAGUCGGCCGAUCGUCGCUGGUUGUCGGAAACGUGGUCGUUCUGGUCGUUCUAUGCUUAUACGGCUUCGAUGUGACGGACACGUUCAGUAUGGAGAAUAUUGGCUUUCGUUGCGGUGUGGUUACAAUCGCCCAACUACCGAUUAUCGUCCUGCUAGCGGGCAAGAAUAACAUCAUCGGAUGUCUUAGCGGUGUGAGUUACGAGCGUUUAAAUUGGCUGCAUCGAUGGUGCGCUCGAUGCAUGCUGCUUACGGCCACCAUGCACCUGGGGUAUUUCCUCAGUGCGUGGGCUCCAUACGACUAUAUCGGCUACCAACUCAAGAAUAACGCGAUUGUUUGGAAAGGCCUUGCUGCAUGGUGUACCCUGGCGUGGAUCGUGUUCAGUUCCAUGACACCGAUCCGAGGCUGGAAUUACGAGAUCUUUGUUAUUCAACAUAUCGUUUCGUUUGCAGUUUUCCUUGCGUUCGUCUACAUUCAUACCCCUCUCGAGAUGAACGGCUAUGUCUGGGCUCCGGUUGCCAUUUUCCUGUUCGACCGCCUCUUCCGAGCAUUGCGACUGCUAUACAUCAACAGCUCCGUAUUUCAUCCUGCGUUAAAGAAGCGGGGCCAACUGAGUGGCCUCUGGGCGUGCAAAGCCGAAUUCACACCUCUCCCUCACAACACCACCCGAAUCACUAUACCUAACCCACCCAUCAGCUGGACUCCUGGUCAACAUGUAUAUCUAUCAUGUCACUCCGUUGUGCCGCUACAAAGCCAUCCAUUCACCGUGGCCUCGAUACCAGCAGAUGGAAAGAUGGAGUUUUACGUCAAGGCCGAGAAGGGAGGUACCAAGCGUCUCUUCAGGCAUGCGGAGAAAUCCGGCAGUCUAUCUGGAGUGCCCGUCAAAGCCAGGACUGUGGCCAUAGAAGGCCCAUACGGCACUCUGAGACCACUGCGCCAAUUCGACAGCGUCGUUCUCCUCGCAGGAAGUACCGGCGGCACUUUCACUCUCCCGCUCCUUCGCGAUCUCCUCCAAGGUUGGAAGGAGAAUGCUUGUGGCAACACAAGCAGCACAUCAAUUUUCAAAACACCAACAGGUGCGGUCACACGACAUAUCCGCUUCGUAUGGGUCGUCAAGAGCAGAGGGCAGCUAAGCUGGUUCUCCGAGCAGCUUUCUUCCGUAUACACCGAGUUCCGAACGCUGCAGGAAACACUCCGCGACAUCAAACUCGAAAUGAGCGUCUACAUCACCUGCGACGAGUCCUUCACGGAAGAGCACAACUCCGUGCUUUCAGGCGUGACGGCACCCAAUAUGAAUGUAAAAUCACAGAGCGAGCCCGAGCAUGGUGCAGUGCAGUAUAGAUCGCCCUCACAGACAUCAGAAAAGAAGAGCGAGAAGAAAUCCCACAGGCAGGGAUAUCAAGAAGUAACAUCUAUCGAUUCAACAAGUCUCGAUAUCCAGGAAGCAUGUAGUCCGAACGGCACAUGCUGUUGCCGCACUGCGGUUGACGAAUCGUCUUCAGCCAGUAAAGCAGUGUGCAGCUGUUCGAAACCUACAGCUACCUCAUCUCAACCUGCAUCACUCGCACCUUCCGCUCAAUCUUCCCUCGAAAAAGGCAAGAGAGUCGUCGUGCAUCCAUCGAUAGCGAUAUACUCCGGUCGGCCGAAGACGCGGGAUAUCAUCCGAAGGUCAUUGGAGCAAGCACUAGGAGAGAGUGCGGUGGUGGUAUGUGGACCGCAAGGGCUAGUGGCAGACGUGAAGCACGAUGUUGUCUCGCUGAGCGAUGAGCGCGCAAUACACAAAGGGACGGGAGCGCAGGGCAUAUACCUGCACACCGAAAGCUUUGGAUGGUAA